UUACACACCCUUAAUACAAAAGCAGGGAUCAACUAUCAACCCUACGAACAGGCCUGGAAGGAAUUUAAAAUUCUGCAUGAUAAAACGUACAAGACUCAUAAAGAGGAAAUCCAUCGCUUUGAGAUUUUCAGAAAAAACGUCCAGGAAAUUGAGGAACACAACAGAUUAUACCAUCUUGGGAAUACAUCUUACUAUAUGGGGGUCAACCAGUUCUCAGACCUGAAAGAUGAAGAAUUUGUGAAACUCAAUGGUUUGAACAGAACCUCAGUGAAGUAUGGCGGAUGCUCAUCACACCUUCCAGCCAAAAAUCUUGUGACUCCAGAGUCCGUUGACUGGAGAAAAGAGGGUUACGUCACACGUGUCAAGCAUCAGAGUCGGAAUGAAGGGUACAUGUAUAAACAUUCCUCGUGCAUGAGAAUUAACAUGCAUCGACAACACCGCGAGUGA